AUGAUAUCUUCUACCCGCCUCCUUGUAUCCGCUUGCCUCGCGCUGGGCCUUACCGCCCACGCCGCUCCGGUCGACACACCCUCCGAACCUGCGGACAAAGUCGCCCCCAACACCCCCUACUCCAAAUUCGGUAUACACGCCCCCCUCGCCCAACUCUUGAACGGUGUCCUCGAGAUUCUGCCCCUCGGAGACUCAACCGCCUACGCGAGAGACUUCAACAACGACGACGUGCUCGACGAUCUUCUCGGGAAGAAUACGCUGGGCUCUCUGAUCCCUCGCCAGAUCAACGUCGGCCCGUCCGCAUCUGACAUCCUCGAUGCUCUCUUUGGGAGCUCACCUAUCUCCUUCGACUCCACCGCCAGCGCGAGAGACAUCUCGUUCAACUUCAACAACGACGACGUGCUCGACGAUCUUCUCGGGAAGGAUACGCUGGGUCUUUGA